AUUCACAAUCUUUCAAGACUGCAUUUUCGUUUUUCCAUGUGUUGCCGGACUUGAAUCAGUGCUGAGUUGUCAAAAUAAAAAUUGUAAAGAAUGAAACCACUUAUAUUUAAUAUUAAAAUUUAAAUAAAGUUUUACACUGAAACGAUUUGAAUUUCAAAAUGCGUUACAUAUUAAUUAUAUUAUUUAUGUUGACGUGUUCCGCAUACGCUUGGGACGAUGACGACUUGGAAGUGUUUGAUGUAGUUGAAGAAGUAAAUCAAAAUUUUUAUGAAUUAAUGGGUGUUACACAGGAAGCUUCAUCUUCGGAAAUAAAAUCUGCAUUCAAGAAACUCACUUUGAAGCUGCAUCCAGACAAAAACAGUGCACCUGAUGCAGAUAUCCAGUUCAGGAACUUGGUGUCUGUGCAUAAUAUAUUGAAGGAUCCAGGGAAAAGAGAGAAGUAUAAUGAAGUACUCAAGAAUGGUCUUCCAAAUUGGCGCUCUGCAGUGUACUACUACAGGCAUGUUAGAAAAAUGGGACUGGCAGAGGGCUCCAUUAUUCUUUUUAUUAUCAUCACAUUUGGGCAGUACGCUGUCGGUUGGGCCGCUUACUUGGAGAAAAGGUUUACUGCUGAACAAAUACUAAACAGCAGAGGAAAGAAACACACAAAAAAGUCAGGUUUUGACACAGGACUAGCGGAGAUAUUGGAACAGCUUCCUAAGCCUAGCAUUAAAGAUACACUGCCAUUUCAAAUACCAAGGUUUAUUUGGUGGUCCAUUACAGCCAUUCCCCGUGGCAUUGUAGAGUUAAAGAGAAGAAGGAAAGAGAUGGCUGAAGAGGCAAGGCGACAAAAGAAAAGAGAGGAGGAGGAGCAGCAGCGGGCGGAGCGCGAGGCGGCGGCGGCGGCGGCGGCGCGCGCGGCGCGGGCGGCGGGCGGGCCGCGGCGCCGCCGCUGGGCGCCGCCCGCGCUGGAGGGCGGCUGCCUGCUGGACGCGGCUGACGAGCCCGCGCAGGGACCGGUCGCCGUGCCCGUCAGACAUACGCAGCCAGUUAUCACCGGCGGCCUGUGGACGGACGACGACUUAGCGGAGCUGGUGCGGCUCGUGAAGAAGUACCCGGGCGGCACCGCGGACCGUUGGGAGCGGAUCGCGGAGGCCAUGUGCCGCAGCGUGCCCGAAGUGACGCAUAUGGCCGCCAAGCUCAAAGACAACUGUUACAAGAUACCCGGCCAGGAGAGUAUGGAACCUACCGUGGUGGAACCGGUUAAGAAGGUGAAAACUCGCAAAACAGAAGAGACCAGCGGCGGCAACUGGUCGCAGAGCCAGCAGAAGGCGUUAGAGAGUGCGCUCGCAAAGCACCCCAAGGGCGGUGCCGGAGACAGGUGGCAGAAGAUAGCCAAUUCAGUGCCAGGGAAGACCAAAGAGGAAUGUAUGCAGAGGUGUAAAUAUUUGUCAGAAAUGGUGAAAAAACAGAAGCAGAAAGAAGAAGAGGAACAGAAGGAAGACGAGGCCACAAAUCACACUGAUACCAUAGAAAAUGGCGAGGAUCUGUCAUCAUAACAAUUUGGAUGGUGUAGCCGCCUUGAAGUAAUGAAUCCAACAUGUUACAUCGCUGCAAGGAUUUCUGAUGCUUCAGAAUUGUUUUAUGCUUAUGUUGAAAAUAAAGGACCUCGAUAAAUGAUGUUAAUAUUUAAAGGGAAAUAUUUAAACUUUGUAAUAAGUUAUUGAAGACAGGAAAUCCGUUGAUACGAAUUCAUGAUAUAAAGAAAGUCUAUAUUCUGGAUAUUGAUUCAAUUAAUUGUAUGGUUGUUGAUAUUGGGUGGCAGAAGAGU